AUGAUUAACGUCGGCGCCGACGAGCGGCAGGGACUCCGCAAGUUCCAGAUCUGCGUCGAACAGACCGUCAAGGCUUCCUUACACGGAGGAGCGCUUUCAGGUCCACGCUCACCGAAGACGCCGAAGACACCGACCAUGAGAAACUAUCCACGCCAUUGGCCAGCAUACGACCCAGGAAGUGUACCAGAUGCUUCUGCGGUCACAGACCAGUUGCGAUCUGAGGAUCUACGGGUGAAUAUCGGGACAGAGGGCCAGAGGUUGGCGGUCCGCCCUGGUCCGCCGCUCUAUUUACAACGCUCCUCACCAGCAGCCAAGGGCGCCGAGCUUCGGGCCAUUCCUCGUGGGGGCUCAGUCCAGAUCGGCGGUGGACAUCUUUCAUUUGGCGGUUUGUUAUCGGGCGUCCCUUGUCACUGCCCAUGGCAGGAUCUGCGUGUCCGACCUUUAUCGGGCAGAUCUUGCAAUGAGGGUCAACCUCUACAAGCCAAAUUCCCGCUGGGGAGAAGACGAGAUAAGCCGCUUCCUCAUCUUUGGAUCACUCUCACCCUCGAUGGAGAGUAG